AUGCCCUUGCCCGCCUCCGCCACCCCGUAUCGGGUAUUCCGCUUGACUGUCGCCGCCCGUACUAUCGACGCGUCCUCCGACACCAUCGCUUGCCGGAACCACCGUUCCAGCCGCAUCGGCAGCAUUGCCAUUAGCAGUACUACCGGGCAGUCGAACCGGUAUAGCCCUUAUAGCCUUGCUAGCUUAGUCCGGUACCCGGCGUCCAUGAUGACCGUGUGGCACUCGUCUACAAAGAUCCGUCGCAGCAGACCCCGCGCCCGCAGCCCGUCCGCGUAUGCCGUGCCUCCCGCUGGGGCUCGUCCCGCCCCGUCCGCGUAG